CAACGUCCCCGUCCGAACAUUUGUCGCCGCAGAUAUUAGAGAGUCUCUCGUCAAUCCCUUAGGUCAAUCAUACUGCACGAAUCCGCUUCUUCACAAUGAAGAUCUCCCAGAUUACGCUUCUGGGCGCUGCCGCAACUCUCACGGCGGCCCAACACGCGCACAACCACGCCCAUCUCCACGCCAGACAUGGCUCUCCAGUCGAGGCGCGCGAUGCUGCUGCGGUCACCGAGGUGGUUGCCGGUCCUGUGGUCACCGUCUAUGAGCUCAACGGCAUGGACAUUCCCUACGACGAGGUCGAGUCAGGUCUGAAGUCGGGCAAAUAUAUCCUUGUGUCGGAGACUCCUGUCCCAACUCCCAGCUCGACCCCGACCCCGACUCCAACCCCAAGUCCCUCGAGCGAAUCCGCAGGCCAGUUCUUCCAGAAGCAGGAGAGUUCCACUCCCACCCCAAGCAGCACUCCCACUCCUACUCCCACCCCGACCCCUAGCUCUACCUCUACCAGCAGCAGCUCCAGCUCGACGUCAAUCUACACGCCGCCAUCGUCCUCGUCCACCCCUACCCCGUCCCCCAGUCCAACGCCUAGCCCCGUCUCCCCUCCCUCUGGUGGCAACAACUCUGGCAACGUCAAUGCUGAGUUUCCCAGCGGUAGCAUUCCUUGCUCUCAAUUCCCCUCGGAAUAUGGAGCUGUCGAGGUUCCGUGGGAGGGCCUGGGAGGAUGGACAGGCGUCCAGCAGGUUCCCGACUUCACCUUUGGUCUUGACGACGUCAUCAGCUUCAUUGAGACUGCCAUCACCGGCCAGUCGUGUACGCCGAAAUCAUUCUGCUCCUACGCCUGCCCACCCGGCUACCAGAAGUCCCAAUGGCCUUCCGCGCAGGGCAACACUGGACAGUCCAUUGGCGGCCUCUACUGCAAUGCUGACGGAAUGCUUGAGCUGUCCCGGUCUGAAAGCCCGCAAAUCUGUAUUCCAGGUGUUGGAGGCGUCCAGGUUGUUAACAAGCUUGAUUCGAAUGUCUGUGUCUGCCGUACCGAUUACCCAGGCACUGAAUCAGAGACUGUCCCAUUGGACGCAGUACCUGGACAGACGUUCCCUCUGACCAACCCUGAUGCAUCUACCUACUACAGCUGGAAGGGUGGACCUACCUCGGCACAGUACUACAUCAACCCCGCCGGAGUACCUUGUUCCGAGGCCUGUACCUGGGGAAGCGCCGGCUCAAACAUGGGUAACUGGGCACCUGUGAAUGCAGGUGUUGGCAAGGGCCUUGCUGGUACCACCUUUGUCUCCCUCUUCCAGAACGCCGCCACAAACCCAGACGGAACACUCCCUUACACUAUCAAGAUCACUGGCGACGUCAGCGAUGAGUGUUCUUACUCGGGAGGAAAAUACUGGCUGAAUGGCAACGUAGCAGAGAAUGGAUGCACUGUGAGCGUAAGUAUCGAUAAAAUUCCUUGCUUUCUUCAGCAGAUAUCUAACAAAUCACAGGUCGCGGAUCCGGGUACGGCAACUUUCGAAUUCAGCCAGUAA